CAUUAAUUUAUAGGGGUUUGCCAGGACCAGUAAACAAAUGAGUUAGAAUCCAACUUUAAAAUUUUGUACUGUACUCUGUAGAUACAGCGGUAACACUAACAUGCAUGCAGUGUAGCGUAGUGACACCGUACAACCAGUGCAAGUCUGAAUUACUUAGUUCUAGGUUUAUCAUGGAUACAAAUGAAAUGGAGAAAAAGAAGAAUGAUCCUUGGUGGAAAGAAGUGGAGGAGUUAGCUCUAAAAUGUCUUGGGAAUUCUGUUCCUGUGGAUCUACAUACAGCCUUACUUAAACUUCUUCAAAAGGCCAGUGUUGAAGCUGAUAGGUGUAUCCAGUUGCGUCAAGUGAAAAGAUCAGAGAAGUUGUAUGAAAUAAUGACAAGUUUCUUCCUGCACUUUCAUGUCAAAAACUCUGCUUUGAAGAAGCUUUUAUCAAGUCCUUGUUAUGAAGACCUUUUAUCAGCAAUGUUGUCUCUCACUGUUGAUCUGCAGCUCUUCCUUGCGAGUCAAGACAAUGUCAGGUGGCACCAGAAUAAUGCAAUUAGAGAUGUACUACUGUACUUAGGUAAUACGAGCGAGUAUAUUUGGGAUGUUAUAAUACAGAGUGUACUGUUAAGACAGAAGAACCCGAAAAUUGUGUAUCCAGUGAUCAGGCGACUUAUGGAAGCUGGCCCAAGGGAAGUUAAUGACCCUAAACAAUUUAUGAAAUUCCUACUGGCUGGUCAUUUCUGGAUGAAAUCCACGGGUUUGCCUGAUCACAAGCAGUAUGUGAAAUCUUUUAUGUUGAUGUUGUCUCCUCCCACAGCAUUUCUGGAUUGGUACAACCGUUUGAAUAUCAAAGGAUUGCCAAAGAAAACAUCAUCAAAAAAAAUCACCAAGCUUUUCUUGAAGAAAUUGCCUCGCUCGACACUGGUGAAGAUUUGUGAUAUGUUGAGUGAAGAUAUUGAGGCACCUGAUGAUAUAAACCUUCCAGAAGAGGAAGAAUCAGAGAAAACUAAGGACCAGUUGUUUUUUAUUGACACAAAAGGAGAAGGAGAAAAAGCUGAAUUUUAUGGCAAAGAGCAUCUGGAAGAUAAUGUAGACACCCUUAUAGCUUCCCUGGAUGAUAAAUUAUUUCAGGAACCUGAUGAAAGUAAAAAGAUGGAGGUAGAAAGUAAUUAUACCGAAGCAGAAGAGUUACCAAUUAAUGAUAAGCAUUGCAGUCAAAGAAAAGAAAAAUUACCAAAUGCAGAUAAAAGACUUCAUUGUAAGAAGAAACAAAAUCCUAGAAAGAGAAAGAGUGUGAAUGGAGACGAGAGAUCAAAAAAGAUGAGAAAGGUUCAGGAAGCCGAUAAAGAGAAAUUACCAAAGAGGAAUAAGAAGUCGUUAAGUAAGCACAGGCAAUACAAUCACGUUGAAGAAAAGCCAUUGCAAGAAGAUAGAAAUGUCAGUAAUGUUGUGAAAAAAAUGUCACUAAACAAAAAUAGUGGAAAGUUAAAGUCAUCAGUUAGUAAAAGUGAGUGGUCUAUAAAUAAUGAUGAGAAGUCAGAUCAAGACGAAUAUAUAAAGAAAGAUGAAUUAAAAAAUACUCCUGGUAAAGAUGGAAAGUUCAGUUACUGCACAAAGAAGUCUCCAAGCCAAGAUGGAAAGCUUGGUUACAGCAUAGAAAAGUCUUCAAAUAAUGAUGGAAAAAUUGAUCACAGCACAAAGAAGUCUCCAAGCCAAAAUGGAAAGCUUGGUUACAGCAUAGAAAAGUCUUCAAAUAAUGAUGGAAAGCUUGGUUACAGCACCGAAAAGUCUCCAAGCCAAAAUGUAAAGGUUGGUUACAGCACAGAAAAGUCUCCAAGCCAAGAUGGAAAGCUUGGUUACAGCACUGAAAAGUCUCCAAGUCAAAAUGGAAAGCUUGGUUACAGCACAGAAAAAUCUCCAAGUCAAAAUGGAAAGCUUGGUUACAGCACAGAAAAAUCUCCAAGCCAAAAUGGAAAGCUUGGUUACAGCACAGAAAAGUCUUCAAGCCAAGAUGGAAAGCUUGGUUACAGCAUAGAAAAGUCUCCAACCCAAGAUGGAAAGCUUGGUUACAGCAUAGAAAAGUCUCCAAGCCAAGAUGGAAAACUCGGUUAUAGCACACAAAAGUCACCAAGCCAAGAUGGAAAACUCGGUUAUAGCACACAAAAGUCUCCAAGUAAAGAUGAAAAAUGCAGUUACAGCAUAGAAAAGUCUCCAAGUAAAGUAAAGAGAAAUCUCAGUUUUAGUACAGAAAAGUCUCCAAGUAAAGAUGAAAAACGCAGUUACGGUGCAAAAGAGUCUUCAAGUGAUGAUGAAAAACUUGAUUACAGUACAGAAAAGUAUUUACGUAAAGGAGAUGGAAAGCUCAGUUUUAGCACAAUAAAGUCUCCAAGUAAAGAUGGAAAGUUAAAUUAUAGCCCAAGAAAAUCUCCAAGUAAAUAUGGAAAACUCAAUGGUAGUAUAGAACAGUCUCCAAAUAAACAUAAUUACAGAAAGCAAAAUAUAUUAAAUACAACCCCAAGCAAGGACCAAAAAAUGAACUGUAGUGAAGAAAAGCUUCAAGAUAAUAAUGAAGAAGGCAACCACUAUGAUGUAUUGAAGUCCCCAAAUAAAUCUUCUUAUGAAGAAAAGAAAUCAGUUGAGAAGAAAAAAAUUGUUCAUGGUGAAGAAAAUUUAUUUGGUAGUAUAGACAAGGAGGCAAAUGAAGACUUUAGUGAUAAUCAUCAUUCAGUUGAUGUUGAGGAUUCUGUUAAUAAGGAAAGAAUUAAAAUAUCUACCAUUAAUGAUGUUCAACUCGUUAAUUCUUCACAUACCACUCAGUCAUCAAGUAAGUUACAAACCUCAACCCUCAGGAGGUCAGCUAGGGUCAGAACACAGUCUAAUACUAAUUGUGACUUGGAAAGCACUGAAAAAGAAGCUUGUUUGAAAUCAGAUGAUGCUUUGAAAAAUAUUUUUGUAUUAACAGACAAUGAAGAAGAGUUGGCCAGUUUUGAAUCACUUGCAGAAGAAGAUAUUAGUGUUCUGAAAACUCGCACGCCUACUCAUGACAUAAAUGAACAAAUGAGUAACAAUCUUGCUAGAGAACCAGUUGUACUCCUCUCCCCUACAGUGUUAGGUAGUCAUUCGAAAGGAGAUGCUUCACUCACAGGAUCUAGCCAGUCAGAAACUGAACAGCACAGUUUUAUUUCUGAGCCAGUUAUUUCUCACUCCUUAGACCCCGUUGUGCCCGAAAAAGAGCUGGUAUCUGAUUCUGAAGACUCUGAAAGCUUUGAUGUAACAAAUUUGGAUUUUACAGUUCAUCUUAGAACCAGAAGACUGUUGGAAAGUGGUGAUGAAACAUCAAAAGAUAGUGCCAUUGUUUGUGAUGACGGUUUCAAAGAUGAUGAAUCUUCCAAACAACAACCUGUUUCUAACACCGACAUAUCUUCCGUCAGCUCACCAUCUCACGGCUAUGGGCUACGAACUCCUCGUUCAAAACUAGUAAACCCCAUUAGAAAAAGAUACUUAGAAGAUAUUGAUGAAUGUUCUAAAGAAAAUCCUUCCCCAUCUCCUAAGCUUUCACCCACCAAGUCUAGAAGUCUAAUAUUGGAGGACACUACAGAAAAUUCCCACCCUUCUGUUUUAUUACAGUUAGAUACUUCAGAAAUGCCUAGUGAAAUUUAUAACGUCUCACCCUCCAAAUCUUUUUCACCAUCUACAAAGGUCUCAAAAAGGAAAUGCUUAAAUAUCCUGAAGGGGUCAGACAUAGAAAAUAGUAAAGAGCCCGGCGUAUCCAGUAAUAUGGGAGAAGUACGCUCACCUAAUGUUCAACUAAGAAAUAUAUCUGUUACAGAUACCAGUUUUUCAGGGAGAAAGGAAAAACCAUCUUGCUCACCUUCUCAAAAACAUAUUGCAGCCAGUAAUGUUCCUUCAUCAAGUAACUCUCCCAGGAGAAGAGAGUAUAAUCUUAGGUCACGUCGGAAGUCAAGUGCCACUCCAAAUAAAACAAGCUAGCUCCAACUUUAACAUUUUUUAAGUUUUUAUAAAUAAACUUUUAUUUUUGUGUUCUGA